AUGUUGGAGAACCGUUGGGAGGUCGGAGCAAAUCCGGAGUCUCUGAAUGUUCCGACCCAGGACCGAGCUUCCGGGAUGGGAGUGGCCAAGGUAAGGUGUGCCGCAACCAGGCCGGAGCUGAGACAGUUAGGAGGGAAGGUGACUUGGGAAGUGGGGAGUUAUGGUGUAGGGGAUGAUGAAGUUGUUAGGUCGGGAUUCCGGGAUAUGACAGGCAAUGUCCGUAACAUGAAUACCCAGAUCUCUGGGAAUAGCAAUAACAUUGCUUGUUUAGACCGCAACAUCAUUAAGGUGGAAGAAAGACUAAACGAGAAACUAAAUGAAAUUCUCCUCACGCUCUCUCGACGUGAUGAGCCAAAGCCACCUGCAGUAACAGUGGAAAACCCACCUCCAAACCCAUCAACCAAUGGGGAUCCCAUCGUUGUCUCUGAGCAGACAAAAGAACCCACUGUUGAGGUGCAAGCGCCCCAAGAGGUCCCUGUAGUCCCUGUCAAUCAAACGGGUCAACCAAUCAUUGGGGUCCCAGUACCUGAAGGGAUCCCCACUGCCACUGCUGUUGUCACAGAGUGUCAGGGACGGCUCUGA